AACUUCCGUAUCAACACACAAUAACGAUUUCAGCUUACCAACUCCAUUUCGGACAAAUUAUCAAACUACACAUUGUGUGAGAUGGUCGCGCGCGCAUUCCGCUGGAGCUAUCGUGCAAAGUCCAUCCUCUUACGCCACACCCGCUUCUGAUUGGCCGCGCGGAGUUAAGAUCUGGGCCCGGCAGAUGCAUGUGGAACCCAGCGUCAUCACAUCCAGUUACAUAAAAAUGAUUUCGGGCCCGAGAAGACUACCAUUCGAUAUAAGAGCUUCGUGGAAGAACGGCGAAAAGGACAUCAAACAACAACUGCUACAACCACACGAGCAAUUGAGCAUCAUCAAUCAAUUUAUAGAAGCUCCAUCUACCCCACCAUUAUCUACGAAACUUCACAGAAGCACCAACCAACCAACAUGCCUGAACUCGUCGGAAAGACUGUAGGCCCAGUGGGCUAUGGCCUCAUGGGCCUAACAUGGCGCCAGAACCCACCGCCAGCCGAGCAGAGCUACGAAGCUAUGCGCACGGCACUUUCGCUCGGCGCAAACAACUGGAACGGUGGCGAACUCUACGGCUCCCCAGAGCGCAACUCUCUACACCUUCUCAACGAGUACUUCACCAAGUAUCCAGGUGACGCAGAGAAGGUUGUCCUGUCCAUCAAGGGUGGACUCAAGAAGGGCGAGAUGGCGCCCGAUGGCAGUCGCGAAAACAUCAGGCGCAGUAUCGACGAGUGCUUGAAGGUCCUGGAUGGCAAGAAGAGCCUAGAUCUUUUCGAGUGUGCCAGAGUCGAUCCCAAGACACCAAUCGAAGAAACUGUCGGCUACAUCGCCGAGUACGUCAAAGAGGGCAAGCUCGGCGGUAUUAGCUUGUCAGAGGUUGGCCCACAGUCGAUCCGCAAGGCGCAUGCUGCACACCCCAUCUCGGCGGUUGAGGUAGAGUUCUCGCUCUGGAGCACUGAGAUCCUGGAGAACGGCGUGGCGGCGACGUGCGCAGAGCUGGGUAUCCCCAUCAUCGCCUACUCUCCUCUUGGACGCGGAUUUCUGGUAAGCGCAUCUUUUUCCAACUGAAGACUUACUGCUAACAUAUGGGAGACUGGCAAGUACAAGAAGCACGAAGACAUCGAGCCCGACUCUAUGCUCCAUCACUUUCCUAGAUUCCAGCCCGACGUCUUUGAUGAGAACAUUAAGCUACUCAACGCUGUCGAGGAUAUGGCCAAGGCAAAGGGAGCC